AUGAGAAACAUCGAGGCCCUCAUGGCCUUCUUACCGGAAGAAGUGCUGCUCGCCCUCUUCCAGGGGCGCCCACCUGCCGGUCCGCCCCGUGUCGUCGACUUGACGCACGAGAUCCCGUCGCCCGCGCGCGCUCGACCCGCGGCGAGAGAGGCGCCUCCCGCCAAGAAGCGCAAGCGGUCGAAUGGCAAGGCGCCGGCCGCCUCACCGUCGCCUCUCGUGCGCAGCGACGGAAAGGCCGUGCGCUUCGACCCCGUCCACAUGGCGUCGGCCGACUGCACCCAAGUAUGCAUGGACAACGCGGUCGCGAUGGAGCAGUACAAGCAGAACGCAUUCUGCUCCAUUUGCCUCGACGAGUUUACCGAGCUCGCGUCGACGUCGUGCGGCCACCUCUUUUGCGCUCCGUGCGUCAGCAACGCGGUCGCGGUCAACGGCAAGUGCCCGCUCUGCCAGGCGACGCCGGUUCAAAUCCACCUGCUGCACAUGUAG